AUGAGGCCAAUGGGUCAUGAGGCCAAGAGGAAGGAGGUGGCACAGGCGACAUGGAGAAGAGAUGGGGAGUGGACGGCGGGCGAGAUCUCGGCGGCCAACCUGGCAGGCUUGGCUCCUGCAGCCCAGGGCAAAGUGGUUCUCACAUCUCAGGCGCUGGGGACACAGCUGCGGGCAGACAGGGAGGAUCAGCGGGAGCCCUCUCACUGGAAGCAGCCUGCCCCUGAAUGGCUGCGGAGCGACGUCAUCAAACUGGCGUUUCCGGUGAUUGGCCGACUGUGAGGGGGGGCGGGGCCGCGAAGAGGUGAGGCGUCCUUUUUAGCGGCGGACGCGGUAGAGACCAUGCAGGACUAUCAGAAUUUGCCAAUUGACGUACAGACUGGCAAGCUGCUUGACUGGCUGGUAGACAGGCGCCACUGCAGCCUGAAAUGGCAGGGCCAAGUCCGCACUGUCCGAGAGAAGAUUGCCAUGGCCAUCCAAGAUAUGCCAGAGAACGAGGAGAUCAAGAGACUUCUUGCUGGUUCCUAUAUUCACUAUUUUCAUUGCCUGAGAAUUAUGGAGAUCCUUAAAGGGACAGAGGCCUCCACUAAAAACAUCUUUGGACGUUACUCUUCUCAGCGAAUGAAGGACUGGCAAGAAAUUGUGUCACUUUAUGAAAAAGAUAACACUUACCUGGCGGAACUGGCCAGCCUUCUAGUGCGGAAUGUCAGCUAUGAGAUCCCCUCCCUCAAAAAGCAGAUUGGCAAGUGCCAACAGCUACAGCAGGAAUACAGCCGCAAGGAGGAGGAAUGCCAGCUAUCAGCCGCUGAGAUGAGGGAGCGUUUUUACAGUUCCUGCAAGCAAUAUGGCAUCACGGGUGAUGACGUGCGGCGGGAGCUUCUGGCUUUGGUCAAAGACUUGCCAUUGCAACUGGACGAGAUUGGGGCCGGCGCCAAGGGGCUAUCGGAAGCCAUCGACCUCUACCAAGCCUGUGUGCAGUUUGUAUGCGAGAGUUCCACAGAACAGGUAGUCCCAUUGCUGAGGCACAUGCAGGCUCGGGGCAACACCACCACCUAUGAGUGGAGACGGGGGGUCAAGCCGACCUCGGUGGAACGGGCCAAGACGGAGGAAGUGAAGGAAUCGGUAAAUCAGGAGGCGAUUGACUGGGGGGACUUUGGAGUAGAGUCCGCGUCUGUUCCUGAGGCGGUCGAUUAUGGCAUCUCAGUUGAAGAAGCCCACGAGGAGAUAGAUUGGGGGAUUUCUCUGGAGUCAGAUGCGCAGGAAAGCGGUGCCAUCACCAGCGUAGACGGGGGAGACAGGAGUGCAGCUGACACAGCGCAGAUGGUGGUGCUGGACGCUGGCAGCGAGGCCUCAGAAGGAACUGCCCGAGGACCCGACGCUCUCAGCCUCCUGGAGACCCCGGAGACCCGUAACCAGUUUAUCGAUGAGUUGAUGGAGCUGGAGAUCUUCCUCUCCCAGCGCAUUGUCGAGACAAACGAAGAGGCAGACAUCUUGUCCGUCAGCCAGUUCCAGCUGGCCCCGCCUAUCCUGCAGGACCAAACCAAAGGGAAAUUGGAGGCCAUGGUGGCAGCUAUGCAAGAUCUGAUUGGCCAGAUGACUAGCUUGAGAAUGCAGCAUCUUUUCAUGAUUCUCGCCUCCCCAAGGUAUGUGGACCGUGUGACGGAGCUCCUCCGCCAGAAAUUGAAGCAGGCAGAUUUGCUGCUCCUGAAGAAGGAGCUGAUGAUUCAGAGGCGGCAGGAGGCCCUAGAAGAGCAGGCUGCCCUGGAGCCGAAACUCGACCUCCUUGUGCAGAAAACGAAGGAGUUGCAAAAACUGAUUGAAGCUGACAUUUCUAAACGAUACAGCGGCCGACCAGUGAACCUGAUGGGUGCUUCCCUCUGACCCCUCUCCUUGACAGACAAGACACCCCUUCUGGGAUUGGAGCAGUGAGGCAUGGAUCAUAUCCUCAACGAAGGAUGAGGGAGAAGACCCAAGGAAUUCCAGAGUUGAGGAGAAAGGACUUGCCAAACCGUGAGAGUGAGAAAUGGCUAGCAGGAAGGAUUCCACCACCACCCC